AUCUGAGAGGGCUCGUGCAGGACAUUAAACUUUAACCCGGCUUUACGAGCGCGUCCAUGAGCCAGCUUUUUCUCCUCGUGUCCUCAGAGAGCGGAGCAGAGCAGAGACAGUCUCGCGCAGGAGGAGGGGGGACGGACUUGGACUUCAGAGAGACUCCGGAGCUGCAGGGAGUGAGAGAUCCACAAACUCCUGACACAUCUUCAGCUGCUUGAAGGCACCAUGAGCAAGAAACUUUGUGGGACCAAUUACCCGCUCAGCAUCUGCUUCGUAGUGGUGAAUGAGUUCUGUGAACGCUUCUCCUACUAUGGCAUGAAAGGUAACAGAAAAACACAUUUCUGCACAUUGAAAGAAAGGCAGAAGUUCUUCUCCAUUUUCUACAUGUCGAUCAAUGCUGGGAGCCUCUUGUCCACGUUGAUCACACCCGUACUGAAAGGGGGCGUGGAGUGUUUUGGUGAAGACUGCUACGCUCUAGCCUUUGGAGUUCCCGCAGCUUUGAUGAUAGUGGCAUUAGGUGUGUUCAUAGCUGGCAGCAGACUGUACAAGAGGAAUCCACCUCAGGGAAACAUCCUGCUGCAAGUCUGCAACUGCAUUGGUUUUGCCCUCAAAAACCGCUGGAACAACUCCAAGUCCGACCCGAAGAGGGAGCACUGGUUGGACUGGGCAGAAGACAAAUACUCGAAGCGUCUAAUCCAGGAGAUCAAGAUGGUCCUGAGGGUUCUGGUGCUCUACAUCCCCCUGCCGAUGUUCUGGGCUCUGUUUGAUCAGCAGGGUUCCCGUUGGACUAUUCAAGCCACACGGAUGAACCUGGCUUUUGGAGAAUCCUUCAUAAUUCAGCCUGAUCAGAUGCAGAUGCUGAAUGCUCUGAUGAUCCUGCUCUUUGUGCCCAUCUUUGACCUCGUCAUAUAUCCGCUCGUUGGCCUGUGCCGAGUCAACAUCACGCCUCUCAGGAAAAUGGCCACGGGGAUGAUUUUUGCAGCCCUCGCCUUCGGAGCAGCCACGCUGGUGGAGGUCAACGUUGUGAAAACGGUGGUGGAGCCAGCCCCUGCAGGGGAAUGUCUCCUGCAGGUCGUGAACCUGGCCGGAGGAAACGUCCAAGUGAUUGUUCCAGACAGCAGCCUGUUUCCAGACACCAUCCCACACCUUCAGGACCCUCCUAAUUACGAGCCGCUCCCCCUCGAGGCUUCCAGCAGGAAGCUGGACCUGGAGGUCUCUGCUCUUGGAGCUUCGUCUGUGUGCAGUGUGACGUUUGAGGAGCAGAAGGCGUACAGCCUCAUCGUUUACAAAGAAACCGCUCGGAUCACGUGCAAGUUGGUGGAAGACUACAUAUAUAAAAAUGAAAAUGGGACCCCUAAUGUGAGGUUCCUCAACACGAGGCCGGAAGCCGUAAACAUAACCGUUGGAAAGGAGACGUUUUUUGUGCCCCCUGACUACAGCGUGUCUGCCAACAGGAGCGUGGAACGAGGAGCUUACUCGGCGGUCGGCUGCAGCUUCCAGUCGAAGACGUGCGAGCUCAACCUGGGCCUGCUGGACUUUGGAGCUUCCUACACGUUCAUACUCGUAGAGGAAUCGGGGAAAAUUGUUGCUAAAAGGAUGGAGGAUGUGAAAGCCAACAACGUGCACAUCGCCUGGCAGAUCCCUCAGUACGCCCUCAUAACUACAGGGGAGGUCAUGUUCUCCAUCACAGGCCUGGAGUUCUCCUACUCGCAGGCUCCCACCAACAUGAAGUCGGUCCUGCAGGCCGGCUGGCUGCUCACGGUUGCGUUCGGGAACGUGAUCGUGCUGAUCGUGGCCGAGGGCGCCGGGCUAGAACAGUGGAAAGAGUUCCUGCUGUUUGCCGGCCUCCUGCUGGGCGUUUGCAUCAUCUUCUCCAUCAUGGCCGCCUUCUACACGUACGUCAACCCCGAACAGCUGGACAAGGUUUUCCUGGAGGACUCGGAGAAGGACGAAGACGACGACAACAUGAAGAAGAAAGAUCUGGUGAUGAAGGGAACAGGAAAGAGCACCAGGCUGUAAUUCAGAGCACUAUUUUAGUUCGGCUGCUUCCUGACGUACGUUUGUGGAAAAGACAAGCGGAUGUUUGACAUUUCUUUGCUGUUGUGACUUCCAGUAUUUGUGGCGUCGUUCACAUAAAUUCACUCCACUGUUUAUAAUCAUACACAAAACACAGAAAACUAUUUUUACAUAUUCAUGCUCAUCCAGAAAACAGAACUUAACAGAUAUAAAACGUGUGAUCAUCUGCGUAAAGAUUAAUGUAGCAGGUAAAGUUUAGAAUCUAUUUGUUGCAUUUGUUGUUGUUGUCAUGAAUCUAUUAGAACACCAGAAAAAUUAAGUUUACAGUUUCUACAAGAGAAUCUGAGAAUCUUCAAGAAAGAAAAAGGGUUUAAAUAUCUAAUGUCCUGAACAGUUUACUGGAGCACACUGAACUGUUUGUGUCUUUUGUAAAACUUUCUAAUUGAUUUAUUUGCAUUUUAUUUGCAAUGGGAGCACUUCAAAUACUUUCUGAAUUCAAUACGAACACGAGCUUCUUGUACGAAUCCAUACGUGCUGUAAGAAAAAACACAAAAAUAGCUCAAACGUAAAACUACCUGAUUCACUCUGAGCUUUAUGACCGUAGUUUAUGGUUUUUAUACAGGGAAAAGUAAAUUACGCUGCUCCCUAUAAACUAUUGUAAAAAAAAAAAUAAAAA